AUGUCUGAACGAAUAUCUCACCAAAGAAGAUACAUGGAAAACAGCAUCUCUGAAACUCAGUGGCACCUCGCAAUCCCUGCCAUCCAAGCAGCAAUCGUGGCUAGUCGUCACUGCCUGUGUCACAGCAGCUUGGUCACUACAGUUCACGCUGCCACCACAAUUGAGGCUCUUAGGCUAAAGAUGAAGGACUUUCCACAUACACAAGAUAAAGAAGAGCCUGGGCCAUUACUUCAUGAAUUCAAACUAUAUAUAGAUCUUUCUCGGUUUGUUCACUCUGAAGUCCCAGGAGACUACAGCAAACGGGUGUAUCAAGGCGUGAGAGUGAAGCACACAGUUAAAGAUCUACUGGCAGAAAAACGAUCCAGGCAGACAAGUAACUCAAGAUUUAAUUUUGAGAACUUUACCAUCGAGCAAAGAGCAAGCAUCCAAGUCUCUCACACCACAGCCAAGGUUCCUAUCUCUGCCCAGAUAAGAAUUUGUCGAACUAUUGCCAUUGGCCCAGUGACAGUGAAAGUAUUAUCGUGUUCACCAGUCAUGUCAGGUUACUAUGGUGUCCGAAGAUCCUUCCUAUCUGACUCCGACUUCCACAACACUAAAUUUGCAAACGACACCUGCACCUCCAGCGUGUCGAAGCCCUUUCCCUGUGAGUCCUCCGCAGUGCAGAGCCACCCGGCCCUCCUGGACUCCUACUUCCCGGAGCCCUAUGGGGACCACCGCUCCCCAGCCCUGACCCCCAACACAGGCUCUCUGUUUAGCGCCUCGCCCCUGCCGCCGCUCCUGCCGCCGCCCUUCUCCAGCGACCCCACUCACUUCGUGCUGAGGGACUCAUGGGAGCAAACAGUGCCAGAUGCUCUCAGCCAGCUGGACCCCGUGCCCACUGACGCCUUGCAGAACUUGCCACCCAGCACAAGUUGCCUCUCCCAGCUGGAGGUGGGAAGCACCCCCCAGCACAGGAGCUCGAGCUGGGGGGCUCCCUUAGCUGGGGCCCAGUCCUACUCGCUACAUGCACUGGAAGAUCUGUACCACACACCAGGGUACCCCACCCCUCCCCCUUACCCCUUCACCCCUUUCACAACAAUGUCCAACGACCCACCCCCCAAGGUGGUGCCCCUUUCCCCAGAUGAGGGAGCAGACACCUCUACCCUUCAAGACCCUUCUCUGUGGACCAAAGAAGAUGGGAGCAUGGCAUGGGGGUCAUACGAGUUCCGCAGAGCUUACUGA